AUGGUAGAUACAUAGAAGACUAUUGAUUGGGUAGAAUAACAUUGGACUAAAAGCAUAUUACCUACUCUAGAAGAUUUUAUUAGGAUACCUAAUUAAAGCAGGGCAUUUGAUCCUGAGUGGAACUCAAACGGACUACAGGAUCAGGCAGCUAAUUUACUUUUAGAAUGGGCAAAAGCAUAAAAUUUAGAAGGAGCAAAAUAUGAAAUUAUUAAAGACGAAGAUAAAUCUCCUAUUAUACUUAUUGAAGUAGAAGGUACAAUUUCAGAUACUAAAACUGUUCUUUUUUAUGGUCAUUUUGAUAAGCAACCUCCAUUUACUGGAUGGAGUGACGGUUUAGCGUUUAACAAACCAGUAGUUAUUGAUGACAAACUUUAUGGAAGAGGAAGUGUAGAUGAUGGCUAUAGCAUUUUUGGAGCUGUCUCUUCUAUUAAGAUUUGUUAAGAGCAAAAAAUACCUAUCCCAAGAUGCGUUAUAUUAAUAGAAGGAGACGAAGAGUCAGGAUCCCUUCAUUUAACUUAAUAUUUAGAAAAACUAAAUGGCAGAAUUGGAGAACCUUCAUUAGUUUUUUGUUUAGAUUCAGGGACUCUUAAUUAUGAUCAAUUUUGGGUUACUAGUUCUUUAAGAGGAUGCUUGCAAGUAACUGUUAAUGUUAAAAUUUUAAAUGAAGGAGUUCACAGUGGAGAUGCUAGCGGUAUUGUUCCUUGCAGUUUUAGAGUAUUAAGAUAGCUUAUUAAUAGAAUUGAAAAUGAGGAAACAGGAGAAGUUGAUGAAGGAUUUUAAGUAGUUGUUCCUGCUGACAGAUACUUGGAAGCAACUAAUUUAACAGAAAAAAUAGGUAUCAAGUUGAUUUAAAGAUUUCCAUUAACUAAUCAAAUGUAAUUUACUACAAAUAAUGUCUUUUAAGCUUAUAUUAAUAAUACUUGGAAAGCCACUUUAUGUACUGUUGGAGCUGAUGGAUUUCCACAAACAUAGAAUGCAGGGAACGUUUUAAGGCCAGAAACUACUUUAAAGCUUUCAAUUAGGCUUCCACCUACUUUAAACGUUAAAGAUGCAAAAUAAAGAUUUAUGAAGCUCUUUACAGAAAAUGUUCCUUAUAAUGCAUAAGUAACUAUUCUAAAUAUCACUGGAAUGCCUGGCUGGAAUUGCCCUCCAAUAGAUUCUUAUUUAUAAAAAAGUAUUUAAAAAGCCAGUUUAGAUUAUUACAAAUAAGAUGCUUUGUACAUGAGCGGUGGAGGAACUAUCCCUCUAAUGGGAAUUUUGACUAAAUUAUUCCCAAAAGCCUAAUUUGUAGUCACAGGAGUUGGUGGACCAGGUUGUAAUGCUCAUGGACCAAACGAAUUUCUACACAUUCCUUUCACUAAAAAAAUAAUUUGUUCUAUAGCUUCUAUCUUGUCUGACCUGCACAAUCAUUUUAAAAACUGA